UCAGAAGGACAAUUACUAAAAACUAUUUUAGAUGUAAAAACUCGCUGGAAUAGUGUUUUUUAUAUGGUAGAAAGAUUUUUAAAACUUUCAUCCAUGAUUUCUGGAAUUUUACUAACUAAGCCAAAUGCCCCAGAUAUGUUAACGGGUCGUGAGUUAAAUGAUUUGAAAGGUAUUUGUGCUCUUUUACAUCCUCUAGAAAAUUUAACAACAAAAAUGUCUGGCGAAAAGUAUGCAGUGAUUAGCACAGUCAUACCAUUAUUGAAUUGUGUAAAAAGUGCUACAGAGAGUAUUAUUGUAGAAUCUGAUAUUUGCAUUGAUUUACAAAAAAAUAUUUUAAGUGAGAUACAUAGAAGGUUCAAAGACAUAGAAAAGUUCAAUGACUUUCCACUGGCUACACUUCUGGACCCCAGAUUCAAGAAUGUGCAUUUCAAGAAUCCAGUUAAUUGCCAUGCUGCCAUAGACCGAAUUAAAAAUAUGCUACAGUUACAGUUACCACAGCCAAGUAACCUUGAGGAUCAAGCCUCCACUUCACAUGCUGAACAAGUAGAUUUAAAUAAUGGUAAAAAAGAUAAUUUUGAUUUAUGGGCAUACCAUUCUGAAAUUGCAACCAGUCAAAUUCAAAGGAGAACGCAACCCAUAAGUCAAGAGAUUUAUGAAUAUUUACAAAAGCCAGUUGUUCCUGUAAAUUCAAACCCCCUAGAAGUUUGGGAAGUUCAUAAGACCAUGUAUCCUAAUUUAUACACUAUUGCUAAUGAAAAGUUGUCCAUUAUAGCAACUUCCGUUCCUUCUGAGCGUCUUUUUUCAAAAGCCGGAGCAACGAUUAGCAAAUCACGAAACCGACUCAUAGCAUUACAGCAAUAACUGUGAAUAAGAAGCCCACAUUGUAACAACUCAUGAGUCAUGAAUAUUAACGCCAAGUAAUGUAUCACAUAUGCGCGAACCAUAUAGAUUUGAUAAUUGUACUAUUAUUUUUAAAUAUGGGCAUU